AAAGACAAAAAGCGGUACAGGUACUGCAGUAGCACCUCCGACAAUACCACUAGCCAUCUCAAAAGCCGCUCCUGUGGAGGAAGCGCUGUCGUCUUUCUUCAGGAGCGACCACAAGAGGCGGAAGAUAAUCACAGGGUGGUCGCACGCUUUCGGUGCCCAUGUUCUACGGCAUGCAGUGCAGAGCUUCGGCUAUAGCGCG